GCAGACGCUUUCAGUCGCAAACUGACGCUCAACGAGUACACAUCUCGGUGGUUGAAAAUACCUAGAAAACGAAAAACGCUUACAAUAAAUAAAAUACAUAUAAGCAAUAUAAUACAAGCAAGCAAGCAAGCAGCACAACAGCUAAAAGCCACAGCUAACUACCUAAGCGCUUUUUCUGUUGAAAACUGCCAGCCAGUCAGCCUGCCGAUUGAUUGUAUAGUCGUCAGCCGCCACACAGCGUGCACAUUUCCGAAGCAAACAAUAAAAUAAUAAAGUAUCUAUCAUCUGCCUACCUAUAGCACGCUAGCUAGUGUUUGCUCCAUACACUCGCCCUGCUUUUACAUUAGAGCGAUAGAGAAGACAAGCGUCGUCAUUAACUUGUACGUACUGUCUUCGUCCUUGCUGUUGCACCGCAUUCUUUCUAUCACAUCGUACGCCUUCGGCUGUACAACGAACAUUCAGAUACAUACGUUGUUGUUUGUUGUUGUUGGUUGUGUGGUUCGACUGUAGAUACAGAUACAUUUACGUAUAAAGUAUCUACGUAUCGCGAACAGAACAGCUCAGCUCAGCACAGAACGUAUCGCUGAAAUAACAUUCAGAAGUUAAAUACACACCGCAAACGACAGUCUCGAACAGUGUGUCUGUGUGCUUCGUACCGAGUGGAUCGUCAAAGCAAAUUGUACGCGUCUUGUGUUUAAUAAAGCAAAUAAAAUAAAUUUGUAAAAAUACAUAAAAAUAACCGCGAACGCAGUUAUAUAAGUUACAACAAAAUAAUAUAAAAUAUAUUAAUUAUAUUUAAAAACACAAACUAUACAGAACAAAUCAAAGAAAAUGUCAGCCGCCACAGAACAACAAAAUAACGGUGAUGUCGCUGUUGAGAAAGUUGCCGCCGAUGCCGUCGAUGCGGCAGCAGCCGUGAAGGAAGAUCUCAAAAAGCCUGCCGUCGAUGAAACAGUAGCGGCCGCCGACAAUGGUACAGCGACAAAAGGUGACGAUGAGGAAGCCAACGAUGCCGCCGCACCCGUCAAGGGACAAGUGAAAGGAACAAAACGGCCCGCCGAAG